AUGUUGGUUGUUUCAUUUUGGUAUCAGAGCCUAGACGGUUUUAGGACUGUUAGAAUUGCUAGGCUUAGUAUCAUCCCCUUCAGCUACAAGAGAUUCCGCGCUAGAGGUGUGGCGCGAGAGGGCGCGGUGCUCGAGGCCGUGGUGGCAGAGCUAGAGGCCGGGGCCGAGAUUGUGGACUUCGGCGGAUUCGGGAGAGAGUGUGUUAUUGGCUCGUUUUCCGCCAGUGGUUCCACAGGGGGCUCCGGGAGUACCUCCAGUGGCAGGUGCAGCAGAGGGCUGCAGCAGGAGGGCUGCGGGUUUUGUUCAGCGCAGGCUGUGGGUUUGAUGGUGCCGUCCUAUUUGGAUAUGAUGGGGCACAUGCAGAGGAUUGGUACGCCGUACUUUAGGGCGGAGUUAGCCCAGAGGCGGCAGAUUAGUGGCGUAGAGAUUGGAGCGGAAUUUCCAGUCUAUCAGAUGUUUGUUUAG